AUGCCGUCAAUCUUCAGCCUGAGCAGCCUCCCCUCCCCCACCGCCGUGCUCUUCCUUAUCGUCGGCUUCCAGCUCGGAUGGAUCUCCACGUCAGUUAUCGUGCCAGCGUGGCAGCAACAGCACCGGCAGCAGGGGCCGUGCGUGUCACCUGACGACCUCGGAUGCGCCAGAGGAAAUACCCUUCCGUUCUUAUCCUUCUUCUCCUCUUCUUUUGAAAAUUCAUUCCUCUCUGGAGCUAGGAGCGGUGAACUCGGCUCUGUUAGCGAAGAGCCUUGUAACGCGUCGCUGGUGCUGUUGAAGCAGCAGCAGGACGCUAUUCUGCAAUCCCUGCAGGAGCAGGAGGUGGGGAUUCAGAGGCUUCAGCAGCUAGUGGCUGCGCGAAACGGCUCCAUUGUGAGCGAAAUCGUGGAACCGGCCUGCGCCAAUGACACGAUGCCACGUGUAGGCACAAUCCACUGGAACCCGAAGCCUCAGAGGUACCUGAUAGCGCUGUGUUCGGGGGGGCAGCUGAGCAACCGCCUGGCGUGUGUGCGGCAGAACAUGCUGGACGCGGCGCUCAUGAACCGCACGCUCGUCAUCCCCACGCAGGGCAUCGACUAUGACUAUGAGGCGCUGCUAGACCUGGGGGCAUUCGACGAGUGCAUGGGCCCUGGGCGCGUCAUCACCUUCUCAGCCUACAAUGCCUCAGUCCGAGGCCGCGUGCGAGUGGGCCGCUACAUCUGCCACGUGCACGUGUACCAGACCGACCAGGCCUGCGACUCUCUCCGCCUCUCCUACGAGGCGCGCCUGCAUGCGUCCUUUGCCAAGCAUGAGAUCGCCCGCAAGAGAACACCCAGCCCCUGGUUCAAAUACCCCACCACGGAGUUUCUCAGAAAGUUCCACGGGGACCACCACGUGAUUGCGUUUGCGAAUAUGUUUGGCGUGGGCGGGAGGGAGCUGAGGUUCCAUGGGAGAGCGCCGCUGGUGGUGCGCCCGGAGUGCCGCGGGCUGCUGCAGCCCAGCCGCGCGAUCCAGGAGGCGGCGGUGGGGUUUAUCAACACGUUUCUUGGCUCGCGCUUCAUUGCCAUUCACCUGCGCAGGGGCGACUUCUUCCAUCACUGCAUUCACGGCGACGGCAGUCGCAGGGCGGUGCCGUGCUUCCACCCCAUCCACCAGCUCACACUCUCUUUUCAUCAAGUUCUCAAACCCCUUCUCCCGUACCCCUCAACCUCACUUCUUCACACUGGCUCGUGCCUGCCCACGCCUACCCCUCCCCUCUCUCCUCCUCCCAGAGGCGACUUCUUCCACCACUGCAUACACGGGGACGGCAGUCGCAGGGCGGUGCCGUGCUUCCACCCCAUCCACCAGCUCGCGCGCUGCCUGCACUCGCGCCUGCAGGCGCUGCCCGGCGCUGCCAUGGUCUUUGUGGCCAGCAAUGCCGGGCAGGAGGAGAUGCGCGCCCUGUCAGAGACACUGGCCACGCUCGUGAGUGGGGAGGGGUAG